CGUUUUAACGGUGUUACUGGCUGUCGAUUUGCGUCUCGCCAGCUCAGACAACAGUCCGCACACUCGCACUGAGUAACUUUCAUCUUGCUUUUAAGCACAUCGCUUGUGUACCGCAUUUAUAAUCCAUAAGUACCAAGUAGGUCCUGCGAACGAAUCUAGUAGCUGUUCCGAUAACCGUUGGCGGACCUAGCGUACGCCAUCCGGUAGGCCAUCGGUACAUCGCUUACAGCGCAGAAAGCUCUUUCCUCGGCUUGGCCGUCCUGGCGCGAUGGGGCGUUGCAGGACGGCCUUCAAUGCCUAUUCCGUCAAGUUUAGUCCUUUCUAUGAGGGGCGCAUAGCUGUCGCCACUGCCCAGAACUUUGGCAUCAUCGGAAAUGGAAAGCAGCACGUGUUCGAGAUCGCCCCCAACGGCGCGCUGCAUGAGGUGGCGCAGUACGACACCCAGGACGGGCUGUACGACUGCGCCUGGAGCGAGGCCAACGAGAACAUCCUGGUGUCGGCCUCGGGGGACGGAUCCAUAAAGGUGUACGACACGGCCCUGCCGCCCGCCGCCAACCCCGUGCGGGGGUUCAAGGAACACAAACACGAGUGUUGCUCUCUUGCCUGGAACCCCGCCCGCCGCGACCUGUUCCUGUCCUCCUCCUGGGAUGACACCGCGCGGCUGUGGAGCCUGGCCGCCCCCACCUCGCUGCGCACCUUCGCGGGGCACACCUACUGCGUGUACCAUGUGGCGUGGAACCCGCGCGAGCCCGACGUGUUCCUGACCGCCUCCGGUGACACCACGGUGCGGGUUUGGGACCUGAGGCAGCCCGCGCCCUCCCUGGUGCUGCCGGCACAUGGAUACGAGGUCCUGGCCGCCGACUGGUGCAAGUACGACGACUGCAUGCUGGCCACCGGCAGUGUGGACAAGAGCAUCAAGCUGUGGGACGUGCGCAUGCCGGGGCGGGAGCGGCUGGUCAUACCCGCACACAGCUACGCUGUGCGCCGCGUGCUGUUCUCCCCGCACGCCCCCUCGCUGCUGCUCUCCUGCUCCUACGACAUGACAGUCAAGCUGUGGGACACGGCGUCACCGCAGGCUGCUCAGGGGCUGCCGGUGCGGUCGUGGGACCACCACAGCGAGUUCGCGGUGGGGCUGGACGCAAGCACGCUGCGGGAGGGGGUGGUGGCGAGUGCGGGGUGGGAUGAGUCGGUGUGGGUGUGGGACCAGCGGGGCUUCCCCACGCCG